AUGAAGGAAAGGAAAGGUUCUUCUCUUUCGAUCUCAGGUGCUCAUGUUUUUAACUCUUUCAUUAAUACAUGUGGUCUCGUUGAACUCCACCUUGGUGGGAGGAAGUACACAUGGAUGAAUAAGGAGGGCUCAAAGUUCAGCAAACUUGAUUUGUACCUAGUCUCCAACAAGUUUUUUCAUUGGUGGCCUAAUUCAAACACUCUCGCCCUGCCGCGGUUACACUCAGAUCAUUAUCCCGUAUUGUUGGACACCAACAGCCCCGACUUCGGUCCAUUGCCUUUCCGGUUCUUUUCUUCCUAG